UCAAGAGUCUUAAGACAUCUCCCCGUCUACGAAACAACAGAAGCAGCAAAUUGGCCUCACAAGUAUCCUCUCUCGCACGUCGAUUGAAAAAAACCCUACCCCGUCGCUGUCUCCGUCUUCCUCCGGAGACAUAAUUGCAGGUUCUCGGGGUUAUGGAUGUCGCCAUCGGAGGUCGAAUGGGGAGGGCACAGUCGAAGAAGGAUGCACGCGUGAAGAGGAAGACCUUGGAGGCGGUGCUUGAGCAGUGCCAGAGGGCUCUCGAAUUGCUCAGCACCACCGAUGGCGGCGGCGGUGACGACGACGACGACAGCGAUGGUGCUACCUCCGAGGAGGACGAAGAGGAUGGGGGAGGUUCGUUGCCGCUGCGCGACGAGGACGAGUUGUGCACUCUACUUAAGUCUAGAGUUGAAUGCCCUGAUUUCCUAGAAAAGCUAGAGAGUGUCCAGGCAUCAAUUCCGCGGAAUAUGGCCGAAGAAGGGAGUUCCUGGGAUGUGGUCAGUGAUAAUGAUAUAUUGGAAUAUGGAAGUAUUGAUGAGCAUGAAGAAUAUGUUUUAGUUAGGCAAGAAGAUAUAGUGGAGGGUAUUGCGUGCUUCAUGGCUGCGCAUUUAUUGUCCCUUAAACAAACAAAGGAUUUGACCCCUAAUCAACUCCAGGAUGCCCUGAGCAAGACAUUCUCCACAAAGAAGAAAAAGGGCAAGCUUCGGAAGGCAUGGGAUGGAAGCAAAGUCAUAUACAACGUAGCAUCUUGGGGAGCAACAGCUGUUGGGAUUUAUCAAAACCCUGCCAUCCUCAGGGCUGCCACCGCUGCCUUUUGUACCUCCUGUCAUGUUAUCUCAAAGCUUUUCUAACCGGCUCAGUAAAAAGCCAUGGAUGUUGCUUGUGCGAGGUACUGAAGCUGCAGGUGUUCCAUGUAAUUCUGUAACAUAAUUGCCAUUCUUUUUGUGCUACGCAGCUUCAUUGAUUGCUUUGGCAUAAUUUGAUCUUGUAAAUAUUCUUUAGUUAAA